UAGGUGGAAAUCCCUGUAUUGCAGUCCAUUGGCAUCUCCAAGUGUGCAUAACUUGAAUGCAGACACAGGGUCCUGUAGCAAUGCACUAAACUCUCCUGGGCACUACAAAUCAACUAACAAACCACUACUAACUUGCGGUAGCUCAGGUUACUUGAACAUGCAUUCAGCUUUGAGCUCUCAGUCUUCUGUCGAUAGCGAACUUAGUACCUCAGAUGACUCGAUUUCAAUGGGCUACAAACUGCAGGACUUGACUGACGUGCAAGUUAUGGCCCGCCUCCAGGAAGAAAGUCUUCGCCAGGAUUGUGCCUCCAGCUCGGCCUCCGUUUCCCGCCGCAGUUCCAGUGCCUCUUUACACUCCUUGCGCAGGGGCACCUACAGUGACCAGGAUUUUGACACAUACAGUUUGGAAGAUGAGGACGAUGACUGCUCUUUCUCCUAUCACAGCAGCCACAGAUACUCUCCAUCCCCACUCAGCUCACCGCGAUGUCAGUCUCCAUCCACAAACGCAGAUUACGGGAGAGCCACAAAUACCCGAAUUCGGCCACCGCGAAGGACAGUGCAGAGCCCAAUGCAGGAUAGACUAAAGUAUUCUUCGAAUGAAGAGGAACUGCGUCACAGCAUGCCUAACCUGGCUAGGACCGGUCUGCGAUCUUUGGAGUCAGUAAGAAAUAGCCGAAGCUUGGACUCAGAUUUACAGAUUCCCAGUAAUCGACUCUCUAGAAUCCAUCAGGAAUCCAUCAGUCUGACUCCAAAUAAGCUACGCUAUUCAUCUGGUGCUGGGCAGUCCCCUCUGACAGUCCGUCAGCCUGUGAAAGCAGGGCCCUGUGCUAACGCUCUCCUCACCCCACGGCAGCCAGUUAGAUCUGCUGGGUAUGGUAGCCCGGCUGGCCGAGUCCGAAAGCUACAGUCUUCCACACUGAACCCAAGCGCUUCGAGUGGUGGCAGUUCAGUGUACCGGAGCAACAGCGUGGCCACAGGAGCAAAAAGCACUCUUCCUAAAAAUAAAGCAUCGGUUGCAGGAGCAUCCACUCUGAAGAGCAAGUUGAGCCAGCCAGCCAAGAGAUAUCCAAAGGCCAACAUACCUGUGGACGACUCUUGGAAAGAUGGAUGUUAUUGAACCAAACCAAAAAAAGGAGAACAAUGACUUGUUUGUUGGGUUAUGUAACUGGACAACAGCCCAGCUGGCUGGGCAGGAGGACACGCUUGAGGCCUCCAUUUCCUCCCCAUUGCCACCACGCUUGACAGACUGGAAUGAUGAACUUGGGGACGUUUGCUUCGUUUCGUCUUGACAAUGGACUUUGUUGCCUGGUUUUUGUUCCUGCUACUCUUGUCUUACUGCUGAGCCUUGAUUACGAUGGUUCUUGUGCCAGAAGGUACAGGUGUGGCCCAAGGCACACAUUUGAAGAUUCUCAUGGUACACAACAAGGAAGAAGAGCAUGGGAUGGUGCUCCUGUGGCAACGAGACAUUUUUGGGUCUGUGAGGGUUUUGGGUCCCCCCCCCCCUUUUGCAAAAGGCAGCUAGAUAAGGUAAACAUAAUUAGAAAUGACUGUUUCUUAUGUCACUUGGUGUAAACUUAAAACUUUUCUAGGAAAUUCAGUUGUUUUUUUACUUGUCCCGAACAGAUAUCUUCACUACUUUUAUCAUUAUUAUAAAACUUGAAAAGGUUUUUUUAAAAAACAAUAGCUAGUGCAUCAUCUGUCACAGAAGAAUGUCUUAAAAGCUUGGUUAUCCCCGUUGUCUCCAAGACUGUUUAUGUGCCGUUUGCCUGCAGGCUGAUAAUGUGAGGUCUUAUUUACCCAUUAGCUCUCUUCCUUUUAUCUUUUAGCUGGGCAAGUUUUUGUAUGGGUAGUCGCAAUACUUUUGCCGGCUAAAAAAAAAUGCACUUGGAAGUGUUUCGUUCUCUCAUAAUCGUCACUUAAUUCCUUGAUAUGAAAAACUACCUUUCUGCUUUUGUACAAGUCUUUUCUACUACCCAGGGUUUUGGGGUUUUUUUGGGGUGGGGGUGGGAAGGUUUGUUUUGGGAUGAAGGAACUUGUUUUUUAAAAAUGAAAUCUGUAGCUCCUGGAGUUUACCAAAUGCAAGAAUACAAUCAUACCUAGGAAUGCAAGCUGGCCCGUGCGCCAACCCUACUUCUUGCCACCAAUGUGACUUGAUAUUGUAGUUAAUAAAUGUGAAGGGGGCUAGUGCUAUCUUGUCUUUAGUAGCAAAAUUUGCGUCCUGCUUUCUUUACAUAGACAGAUAUACGGACAGUCCUAGACUUAACAAUGGUUCAUUUAGUGACUCUUCAAAGUUACGAUGGCACUGAAAAAAAGUGACAUGAUCAUUUUUUA